UUCAAGCUAGAUCAAGCUAAUAAUACAUACCCAAUUCUCGAAUUCUCGUUCUGAAUUUUGUUCUUACGAUCCGCUUCGUGAAUCGGAUCAUUUGGUGGAUUUAUUGUCCAUCAAAUUGGUGCUCUCGUUGAGAGUUCGAGAAUCAUACUCAGAGGAAACCCUCCAUUAAGACGAUGGUGCAAACACGCAGUAACGCUAAUGUGGGUACCGGAGUUCCCCAACAGGGAGAGAACAACACCACUGGAGGUCGGAACCCUCCCAUCACCACCGGAGAGGCUGAGGCCCUCAUUCAGAGGGUUGGAAUCACGGCCGAACAAUUCAAAGAGGCUUGUGAAUGGUUCCACAAGUUACCCAAAGGGUCGAUAGAUAAGUGGAGCGACCUGGCCCACAAGUUCUUGGAGCACUUCGCAUCCAGCCGAAGACAGAAGCUCCCCUUCUCGCAUCUGCUCAAUGUGAAGAUCCGGAAGGGGGAACAGCUCCGGGAAUUCAUAAACAGGUGGGAGAAGGAGGCAAGGGACGUCCAAGGGGCGGAUGAUCAAGCCCUGAUUGCCAUGCUCCAAGCUGCACUCCCCCAAGGGGAUGUGCGCAAGGAGCUGCGACGGAAUCCUCUCUCAACCUACCAGGAGAUGUUGGCCAGGGCGAAGUACUUGGUGUUAGAAGAAGAAGAUGAUGAGCCACCAGUCCGGAAGGAGAAGAAAAGUGGGCCACCGGUGGCAGAAGGGAAGAAGAGAAAGGACCAUGGUAAGGGGCCAAACCCUACCGGGUAUCAUGCGAACAGACAUCCUGUUCACGCAGUACAGUCGUUGCCUACCCCUCCUCAUGCACCCAAAUACUAUGAGUACCACCGUAAUAGCACCCACAAUACGUCGGAGUGCGUUACGUUGAAAAAGGAGAUGGAUCAGCUGAUCGCAAGAGGGCCACCUCCUCGGUCGGACCGACCGUCCUUGAGUAACCGGACCUGGAGAAGGCCAUCAGCCCCCGCGGCAGCGAUCACGGCGGGGGAAGGGCAGGAAGAUGGGCGGCGACAUCUAGGGCGAGAUUGUGAGGACCUAGAUGAAGAAGAAAGGCAAGGUCGCCGACACCUGGGGUGUCGGUUCAUCAUGGGAGGAAACACGGGAGGAGAUUUAGUGUCCUCCCGGAGGAAGUGGAAGAACAUGGUGUACCUGGCCGAGGUACAGAGGCCGCCGCUGCCUAAGCGAAAGAAGAAGGAACCUCUGAUCUUCACAGACGAGGACUAUCCCCCGGUCCUCAGCCCUCACAGGGAUGCUUUGGUGAAAAAGGUGGAGAUCAAUAACGUGGUUGUUCACCGAACUUUGGUCGAUACGGGUAGCUCGGUCAACGUCAUGUACAGCAAUACCUUUAAGGAGUUGGGGUUGUCCCGGAGCGACCUGAAACCAAUCCAUACACCACUAUCAGGGUUCACAGGGGAUACUAUAGAGGCUGAAGGAACCAUCAGGGUGAAGGCCGGGGUGGGAGAUGGCACCCACCGGCUCUGGAUCGACAUGGAAUUUAUGGUAGUGCAGCUCGACUGUGCACACCAUCUGAUUCUGGGACGACCAGGGUUGGAGGAUCUAGAGUGCGUAAUCUCCCCCGCCCACUUAUGCCUAAAGUUCAACACUCCCAUGGGAGUGGGGGUGGCCAAGGGAAACCAAAGCCUGUCACGGUCGUGCUACGUCAGGGCGACCAAAAGCCAAGCCUGGGUCGACGAGAAUGUAAGCACGAUCUGCGCUGCAAUCCAGAAGGAGGAGGGGCGACCGCGAGCUGAGCCAGCGGAAGAGGUCGAGGAAGUUUCUCUUGACCCGAUCGAGUCAGAGCGGAAGGUGAAGGUAGGCAAGACCUUGCCGCUUGAUUUAAAGGAGCAGCUACUGGAGGUUCUCCGAGCAUUCAAGGUGCUAUUUGCUUGGGGGCCAGAGGAUAUGCUAGGGGUCGACCCAAAGAUCAUCUGCCAUAGAUUGGCAGUAGAUCCGACCCACAAGUCGGUCAAGCAGAAAAAGCGUUUUCUUUCCUCAGAACGGAGAGAGUUUGUCACCAAGCAGAGUUGGCGAGUGAUGGACAGGAGGGUGGCAUCAGGUGGAGGGCAUGGGAUGCGGCGGAAGGAAGGGCGCCCUGAACCCGUGAAAGGAGAUUCGGGCCCCGUCGAAACGAAGACAAAGAAAGGCUUCCAGUCUUUGGUUGAGCCCUUCUUGUCACUCGCAAAGAGUUUACUGGAUCUCUGGGAAAGGCUGGCAUAGGACGCCCAAUCCUUAUGGCCCU